UGGAGAAAGAGGACCGGCGGGCGCAGAAGCAUCUUUCCUGGCUUCGAGGGUUUUCUCCUCCCUUUGGAGCCCGAGUUUGAGAGGAAAUCUGGGGCUUUGCACUUCUGCAAGCGCUCUCGGCGUGAGAUUUUUGGCUCCCCGCGAUCCAGAAGUCCUAAGCGUCUAGAUGCAUUUUCCUGGGCUUUGCAAAAGAAGAGUCGUGAACUUCCACACUCGGGAGACGGAUUAUUAAUCCUGCUUUGCGGGAGAGGAACCCCCCUCCCCAUGCCGGGCCAUUGAGCACCUCUCUCCCGAGACUGCAAUCGCCAGGCGCUCGGAGCCGGAAGGGGACGCUUUGGGAAUGACCAUGCUCCAAGGAGGGACAGAGCCGGCCCCCAGCUUCUCAACACAGAGCCUUCUCCACUGAAGCUUCCCAAACCCAAAACCUUAAUUGCCAGAAGAAUCAUUAGGGGGAAAAAAAAACCCAACAAAAACCACCAACCAAGCUAAGCCCAGCCGCUAACCUCACGAGCCGCGGGCAUGAAUGCUCGGGAUUCUGCAUUGUGAGCUCCAGACCCUGAAUUACCUUUGAAUUCAAUAUCUCGCUAUUUCCCCCUUUGAAUUUGCAUCUGUUCAAGACACAAGAUUCCAGCCCAAUUCAAGCCAAACUGGAUUUUAAAUGAUCUUCCUUUCAUCCACCCUCCGUCUUUCUUAUGUGGAUAUGCCGGCAAGCCGCGGAGCCUGGCCAACCCCAACAUGCUCGCUCCCUUAAUCCAGCCGGCUAGAGGUUUGGCUUCUACAGACCAAGGGAGUCGACGAGUCGAAGAUGAAGCUGUGGGCAGAGUGCUGUUCUCCCAAGUUCUGGUUGGUGCUGGCUGCCCUGGCCGUGACCGGCUGCCGGGCCCGCUCCCAGAAGAGCUCCCCGAGCAUCGGCAUUGCUGUCAUCCUCGUGGGCACUUCCGACGAGGUGGCCAUCAAGGACGCCCACGACAAAGAUGAUUUCCACCAUCUCUCCGUGGUGCCCCGGGUGGAGCUGGUCGCCAUGAACGAGACCGACCCAAAGAGCAUCAUCACCCGCAUCUGCGACCUCAUGUCAGACCGCAAGGUCCAGGGCGUGGUGUUUGCCGACGACACGGACCAGGAGGCCAUCGCCCAGAUCCUCGACUUCAUCUCCGCGCAGACCCUCACCCCCAUCCUGGGCAUCCACGGGGGCUCCUCGAUGAUCAUGGCAGAUAAGGACGAGUCUUCCAUGUUCUUCCAGUUUGGCCCCUCCAUUGAACAGCAAGCAUCCGUCAUGCUCAAUAUCAUGGAAGAGUACGACUGGUACAUCUUUUCCAUCGUCACCACCUACUUCCCCGGCUACCAGGACUUUGUCAACAAGAUCCGCAGCACCAUCGAGAAUAGCUUUGUGGGUUGGGAGCUGGAGGAAGUCCUCCUGCUGGACAUGUCCCUGGAUGAUGGAGACUCGAAGAUCCAGAAUCAGCUCAAGAAACUGCAAAGCCCCAUCAUUCUGCUUUACUGUACCAAGGAGGAGGCCACCUACAUCUUCGAGGUGGCCAACUCCGUCGGGCUGACAGGCUAUGGCUACACGUGGAUCGUGCCCAGUCUGGUGGCAGGAGAUACAGACACGGUGCCCUCUGAGUUCCCCACGGGGCUCAUCUCUGUGUCCUAUGAUGAAUGGGACUAUGGUCUCUCUGCCAGGGUGCGAGACGGGAUCGCCAUCAUUACCAGCGCAGCCUCGGACAUGCUGUCUGAGCACAGCUUCAUCCCCGAACCCAAGAGUAGCUGCUACAACACCCACGAGAAGCGCAUCUACCAGUCCAACAUGCUGAAUCGGUAUCUGAUCAAUGUCACGUUUGAGGGGAGGAACCUGUCCUUCAGUGAAGACGGCUACCAGAUGCAUCCGAAGCUGGUGAUCAUCCUCCUCAACAAGGAGAGGAAGUGGGAGCGGGUGGGCAAGUGGAAAGACAAGUCACUGCAGAUGAAGUACUACGUGUGGCCCCGUAUGUGUCCUGAGACAGAAGAGCAGGAAGAUGACCACCUGAGCAUUGUGACCCUCGAGGAGGCCCCAUUUGUCAUCGUGGAGAGCGUGGACCCUCUCAGUGGGACCUGCAUGAGGAACACAGUCCCCUGCCAGAAGCGCAUCAUCUCUGAGAAUAAAACAGAUGAAGAGCCAGGUUACAUCAAAAAAUGCUGCAAGGGGUUCUGUAUUGACAUCCUGAAGAAAAUAUCUAAGUCUGUGAAAUUCACCUAUGACCUUUACCUGGUGACCAAUGGGAAGCACGGGAAGAAAAUCAAUGGGACCUGGAAUGGCAUGAUUGGAGAGGUGGUCAUGAAGAGGGCCUACAUGGCGGUGGGCUCACUCACCAUCAACGAGGAGCGAUCCGAGGUGGUCGACUUCUCUGUGCCCUUCAUCGAGACUGGCAUCAGUGUCAUGGUGUCGCGCAGCAAUGGGACUGUCUCACCUUCUGCCUUCCUGGAGCCAUUCAGCGCUGAUGUGUGGGUGAUGAUGUUCGUGAUGCUGCUCAUCGUCUCUGCCGUGGCCGUCUUUGUCUUUGAGUACUUCAGCCCCGUGGGCUACAACCGGUGCCUCGCUGAUGGCAGAGAGCCGGGAGGCCCAUCUUUCACCAUCGGCAAAGCUAUUUGGUUGCUCUGGGGCCUGGUGUUCAACAACUCCGUGCCCGUCCAGAACCCCAAGGGGACCACAUCCAAGAUCAUGGUGUCCGUGUGGGCCUUCUUCGCUGUCAUCUUCCUGGCCAGCUACACUGCCAACUUAGCUGCCUUCAUGAUCCAAGAGGAGUACGUGGACCAGGUUUCUGGGCUGAGUGACAAAAAGUUCCAGAGACCAAAUGACUUCUCACCCCCUUUUCGCUUUGGAACUGUGCCCAAUGGCAGCACAGAAAGAAAUAUUCGCAAUAACUAUGCAGAAAUGCAUGCCUACAUGGGAAAGUUCAACCAGAGGGGUGUAGAUGAUGCAUUGCUCUCCCUUAAAACAGGGAAGCUGGAUGCCUUCAUCUAUGAUGCCGCGGUGCUGAACUACAUGGCAGGCAGAGACGAAGGCUGCAAGUUGGUGACCAUUGGCAGUGGGAAGGUCUUUGCCUCCACUGGUUAUGGAAUCGCCAUCCAAAAAGAUUCUGGUUGGAAGCGUCAGAUAGAUCUGGCCAUCCUGCAGCUCUUUGGAGAUGGGGAGAUGGAGGAGCUGGAAGCACUCUGGCUCACCGGCAUUUGCCACAACGAGAAGAAUGAGGUCAUGAGCAGCCAGCUGGACAUUGACAACAUGGCUGGAGUCUUCUACAUGCUGGGGGCGGCCAUGGCUCUCAGCCUCAUCACCUUCAUCUGUGAACAUCUUUUCUAUUGGCAGUUCCGACAUUGCUUUAUGGGGGUCUGUUCUGGCAAGCCGGGCAUGGUCUUCUCCAUCAGUAGAGGAAUCUACAGCUGCAUCCACGGCGUGGCCAUCGAGGAGCGGCAGUCGGUGAUGAACUCGCCCACGGCCACCAUGAACAACACGCACUCGAACAUCCUGCGGCUGCUGCGCACGGCCAAGAACAUGGCCAACCUGUCGGGGGUGAACGGCUCCCCGCAGAGCGCGCUGGACUUCAUCCGCCGCGAGUCGUCCGUGUACGACAUCUCCGAGCACCGCCGCAGCUUCACGCACUCGGACUGCAAGUCCUACAACAACCCGCCGUGCGAGGAGAACCUCUUCUCCGACUACAUCAGCGAGGUGGAGAGAACUUUCGGGAACCUGCAGCUCAAGGACAGCAACGUGUACCAGGACCACUACCACCACCACCACCGGCCGCACAGCAUCGCCAGCACCAGCUCCAUCGACGGGCUCUACGACUGCGACAACCCGCCCUUCACCACGCAGCCGCGCUCGCUGGGCAAGAAGCCCCUGGACAUCGGCCUGCCCGCCGCCAAGCACAGCCAGCAGCAGCUCAGCGACCUCUACGGCAAGUUCUCCUUCAAGAGCGACCGCUACGGCGGCCACGACGACCUCAUCCGCUCCGACGUGUCGGACAUCUCCACGCACACGGUCACCUACGGCAACAUCGAGGGCAACGCGGCCAAGCGGCGCAAGCAGCAGUACAAGGACAGCCUCAAGAAGCGGCCCGCCUCGGCCAAGUCGCGGCGCGAGUUCGACGAGAUCGAGCUGGCCUACCGCCGCCGCCCGCCGCGCUCCCCGGACCACAAGCGCUACUUCAGGGACAAGGAAGGGCUGCGGGACUUCUACCUGGACCAGUUCCGCCCCAAGGAGAACUCGCCGCACUGGGAGCACGUGGACCUGACGGACAUCUACAAGGAGCGCGGCGAGGACUUCAAGCGCGGCGACUCGGUGGGCGGCGGCGGCGGCGGCGGCGGCGGCCAGUGCACCAACCGGGCGCAUCUCAAGCACCCCGGGGCCGACAAGGUGGGCGGCGUGCCGGCGCCCUGGGAGAAGAACCUGGCCAACGUGGUGGACUGGGACUCGGGCGGCGGCGGCGGCGUGGGCGGCGGCGGCGUGGGCAGCGGCGGCGGCAACUUCUGCCGCAGCUGCCCGUCCAAGCUGCACAGCUACCCGGCCGGCGCGGGGCAGAACUCGGGCCGCCAGGCGUGCAUCCGCUGCGAGGCGUGCAAGAAGGCGGGCAACCUGUACGACAUCAGCGAGGACAACUCCCUGCAGGAGCUGGACCAGCCGGCGGCCCCGGUGGCCGUGCCGGCCAGCGCCACCGCCGCCAAGUACCCCCAGAGCCCCACCAACUCCAAGGCCCAGAAGAAGAACCGCAACAAACUGCGCCGGCAGCACUCCUACGACACCUUCGUGGACCUGCAGAAGGAAGAAGCCGCCCUGGCGCCGCGCAGCGUGAGCCUGAAAGACAAGGGCCGCUUCCUGGACGGCAGUCCCUACGCGCACAUGUUUGAGAUGGGAGGCGGCGACAGCGCCUUUGCCAACAGCAAGUCCUCAGUGCCCACUGCCGGACACCACCACCACAACAACCCCGGCGGCUACAUGCUCAGCAAGUCGCUCUACCCCGACCGGGUCACGCAGAACCCUUUCAUCCCCACUUUCGGGGACGACCAGUGUUUGCUCCACGGCAGCAAAUCCUACUUCUUCAGGCAGCCCACGGCGGCGGGGGUGCCCAAAGGCAGGCCGGACUUCCGCGCCCUGGUCACCAACAAGCCCGUGGUGGCCGCCCUGCACGGGGCGGUGCCAGGCCGCUUCCAGAAAGACAUCUGUAUAGGGAACCAGUCCAACCCCUGUGUGCCUAACAACAAAAACCCCAGGGCUUUCAAUGGCUCCAGCAAUGGGCAUGUUUAUGAGAAACUGUCUAGUAUUGAGUCUGAUGUCUGAGUGAGGGAAGCGAGCGGUUGAAGGUGGGUCUAGGCAGGGAGGGCGGGGGGCCGGGUGGUACCCGCGGCGGCGGGGAGGGAGGCGGGGUGAACUUGGCUCCCAUUGGCUCCUUUCUUCUUCUUCUUCUUCUUUUUUUUCUUUCCUUUUUUAAUUUCUUCAUGGGAUCCUGGAGUUCUGGUUCCUACCAAGGGCAUCCCUGGGGACUGGCGCCGGUUCUGCUCCCCUCGCCGCUGACUCCUCCUCGCCCUCCUCUCACCAGUCAGUCCGGCUCCCAGGAGCGGGCACUGUGGGCUUUGCACUGCACCUGAGGGAGGCCUGUGGCCAUGGGCCUAGCUUGCCCUCCGGCCCCCUUCUUGCUGGAAAGGACUCUUGACCGACCCUCUCGGUGUGAUCGCGGACGAGGGUGCAGGAAAGGUCCCCCUGCGGGAUCUGCAGGCCUAGGUGAGGCAGCAGAAGCAUCUAAGACGAUGCGUCCUCCAGCUGGGGAGUGAACAUGGCUUUGUCUAAAUCGACAUCUGUUUAGGGAUCAUGUGCCAAGUGGCGGGUGGGAGGCCAUGUGUGUUUGUAUAUAAGCCCCCUCUCCUCCACCCCCAAAAAAACCCAGAAAUGUUUGCUUCGGUUCCCAGAAACUCCUGAGUGGUGAACCAGAGGAAAUGUGGUGGCUGGUAGAUGUGGCCAGUCCCCAUCUUGGAGGUGAGAGGACGCACGAGAUGCACAGGUGUCCGGCGCUGCCCGUGGUCUACACGCAUGUCUCUGUGGAUAUAGAGGAGGCGUCUUUAACUUCAUGUUCUCCUCAGAGCCCCUUAGCUGUACUUGUUUGGCUUAUAUACAAACAGGGAUGGUUGCGUGGUCGCUGAAUUUUGGCUCUCUCGCCCCUUCACCCUUUCUGAAGGCAGAAAAGGGAAAUUCUCUACUGAGCCAUUUCUGUGGUCUAAAAACCAGGUAGGGAGCAUUCCCUGGAGAUCCAGGUACGACAUGAAUUUAUUUGUGGUGGCCAGUACUUUUAACCUGUUUGAGCCAAGAACUUUCUAUGAAGGUGCAAGGGAUUAACAGCAGCCAUUAUUCUCUUGCCCAAAACUUGGGAGCAAACAGAUUCCCUAAAACUCUUUGGAGCCUUGGCCGUGGUUUGGGAAGGAGUUAGUUAAGGCUUUAAAGACUAGGGGAGUCACCUCAGGUCGGGUAAGUGAGAGAGGGGGAUGUUUUCAAUGCUUUGAUCCCUUCUUACUUAACCUUGGGAAUGCUGGGAGAGUUUAUCCCCCCCACCCCCCUCCCCAGAUGGGUCACAUGGAGAAGAGGCAUGAGCUUGCUCCGUGAGUACAGCUCAGGAGGUGUGGAGACAGAUGUGGACUCGGGGACCGUGGGACCUGGUUCCCCAAGAAUGUGACUCAGACCCCAGUGUCUACGCUCUCUUAGAAGCUCCCCUCCCAGACUGAACUGUUGGAGAUGAAGCGUUCUCUCUUCUCCGGGAGGAGGGUCCUUGCAAAUACCCAAGCUCCCUUCACAGGAAAAUGCAAACUUGAGAAGGGAAAUGAAUACUUGUCACAGCUGGUUCUGAAACAUGGGGUUGGGGGGUACUGGAUGGCAGCCCACGGGUUCCAGGUGUGUUUGGAAGCUGGGCCAUGGGGCACCCCAUUGUGCAGAGGACACACAAACCAGAAAGGUGCUCAUCCUCCUCCGGAAGGAAGCUGCCGUGUCUCUUCUCGUCCCACCCUCCAGGGCUGUCCCCUGCCUUGUUUGCCUCCUUCCCCCCCUCUUCCUUACUCCCCACAGCCCUUGACGGCUCCCCCCACACACACCCGCCCCUUAAUUUUUACCUCAGUAUCUUUCAUUUUAAAGCCAACUGAAGGCCUUGUAAAGCUUUGUGUUCUUUCUAAAAUGAACCUGGGGACAAGGGGCUGAACCUCUCCCAGAUUUGGAGGGAGGAGCACCGAGUGCUUUACCUUAGAUUCCAGGAAGGUUGUGGAGAGCAAGGGCAGAGGGGUGAGGUACCUCCAGGAGGAAGGAGCAGAAGGGCCAUAGAUACAUUUGCUUCCCCCUGACUCUGUCCCGGGCAGGGGCUCUUCCCCUCACACUUCCUCGGACCUCACCCCGUCUAAAAUCAAAAACCAAACCAACCUAGCGAACAGCAAUCUCGAACAAAGGGGGGCUCUGUCGUCUCCACUGGUGACAGAAAUCAAGAUGGCGUUUAUUUCAUAUGUAAAUAUUUUGUUUUCUAAUUCAUUUUGUAUAGAUAAAGUGUUCUCUUGUGAGUAUUCAGGGUGUUGGGCUGAGGGAGUGGGGUGGGGAUGGGAAUGAGAGGGGGGGAAGUGUUUUGUUCAGGGUUUCCAUUUUCCAUGGGUGGGGGGAUUGUUUUGUACGGCUUUUGCUUCAGGGUGUCUGGGGAAAUAAGGAAUGUGAACGGAGGCCCGGAGGGGGACGCAGUCUGGGAUGGCCCCUAGGUGUCCAGGCCCCCUCACCUCUCCAGUCUUACUAGUCUGUGAGAACCGUCUGCCUGGUGGCCAGGGCCAAGUUUCAUGCAGGCUCUAAGCAAGGCCCAGAUCCUAUACUUGAUCUUCUCGUUUAUCUUGGGCAAACCGGUAAUAGGGGCCCCCAAUUUCUCGGUAUCCCAUGCAAAAUUCAGCAGGUGGCCCCAUAAUCAGUCUGUCAGCAGCUGAGGACAGGAAAGAUUUCCCAAAGGGCUUCACACAGAAUUGAGGUCCCAGAGCCUCUUCGAGGUUUCAGGAAGCUCAAUCCUGAGAAAUCUCCCAGUCGGCCCCUCUGCACCCCUCCCAGUCACUCUCCUUCUCUUCCUAGUACACGUGACCCUCCAGCCCUCUCCCCUUCACCCCUCGCAAAGCAGCCCCGCAUACUUCCUCCUCCACCCUCAUUCCCAACUCCCCCAAAUUUUUCUUAUUUGAAGCUUGUGAUAUCUAUCUGGUUGCCGAGAGGUGGCACUGGGCCUGGGACUUUCUCACCCUCCACGCUUUCUUAGAAGGUGCCGGGUCUGCUCAAGACUCCAAUGGCCAGGCCAUUUGCUUGGAAAGGUCACAAGAGUUGGUGGAAAGGGGCGAAUGGCAACCCGUGAGACUUUAUUUGCCUUGUCCUCAUUUCUGCCAUCAGGAAGGUGCUACUUGCCUCGAGCCAGGUAUUCAUAACCUGACCUUGGGUUAACCAGACAAAAUGAAUUUCUUUCCUGGGACUCUUGGUUUUAUGGUGGGUGACAGCCCUUCUCUUUGGCAUGAGAAUUCUCAUCUUUGGAGGAGAAUUUAAAGAUGAGAAUCCAAAGAUGAGAAUUCUGUUUACCCGGGCUGCUAUAUUACAUUUUUUCCCUCUCCUCCCAUUAUCAUAGACCAUCUGCUGGAUAAUUUAAUUUUUCACAAUCCUUUAUUUGGCCCCAGUUGAACACAUCUCAAUGGGAUGUUUGAUUUGGGACCAGGUAAGAUAUUCAUGGGCUGCUCAAGAGGGCUUCAAGGAAGACUGAGCAUGGUCCAGUUCUAGAUGUCACUUCAUUUCCAAGUAGUAUGUCCGUCACACACAGGAGGAGGGAUUAGGCUGUCAUUCCCAUUUAUGCCACAGAGAGUCUGCACCAGGACUAGGUCUGUCCCAACCCACAAUUCCCCAGACUUCUCAGGGGCACCCAUGGUUCCAGCUGUCUCCAGAGUCCAAGCUUUCUCUACUCCGUUUGCUCUAGCAUUUCCUCUCACUCUCCAGGGUGGGGAAGGGGGCAUGGUUCUGUGUCACCCCUUUGGGCAGCAAUAUUUCAAGCUGAGCAUUGCCCCGACCUCAGAUCAUCGACUCCUUGCAUUUGCCUGCGUUAGGGAUGCACAGCCUUCAGAGUGAUGCAUGUACAGUGGGUCUUGUACUUUCCAAGUCUGUCACUGUGUAGCUACCACCGGAACACGGGAGAACUCUCGAACGUGGAUUCCCCUGUUCUGGCCACAGUCAUGUUGCAAUUUGGGGGUGGGGUGGGGGGAAAUCCCAAACGAUUCCAUUAAAUGUAGGUGGUGUCAGUAGUGCCCAAACGCAUGUGUAAUGUGACCCAAUAGGACUCAUCUAUACAAUUGACUAUCGCCCACCCAGUCUUCCAGGGUCUUUGGGAGUUGUCCCCUAAGGAAGCUCUGCAUGGGAGGAGAAGAAACUGUCACCAAAAACCGCAGUGUGCUGGUCACCUGCACUUCUCAUCUCACAGCGAGGGCCUCUUGGUUGUUUGAAGGCAUUUGGUUUUGAUUUUGGUUUGAUUAUCACUUAAUUCAAGAUUUAGGGGCAGAAUGACCAGAUGAUAUGGGCAGUUGUCUUUGGACAAAGCUAUUUCAGGACUCACUUUAUUCAUUUACUCCCCAGCUCCCUAAGCCACACCCUGUCACUGCUUGACACCCUGUGUGUGUCCGUUGGGUGUGUUGGAGUGAUUCUGAUGUGCUUUUUCGCUGAGUGCAUUCCGUGUCUGCAGGUCUCGUGGCCAAACCUGUGCUCUGUGAACUUAAAGCCAUAAAAGAAACGUGUGCUCAGUGGACAGCCAAGAACUUUGGGUCGAGCAUUUGCUUUCUUGAUGUCAGACUCUCUUCCUGUCUAAGGAUCUCUAUACAGAUGAGAAGCAGCUAAAGGUGGACAGAUAUUCUGGGAGGGGGCUUUGGAGGGGGCACACGAAUGGCAUAUGGUCCACGGUGUAUGUAUGCCAGGGGUUGUAACCAGUCCUCUCCUUGCCUGGCCUCUCCCCAGCCCAUGCCAUCCCUGGCUUCCACACAGGGCUGUUUCUGUAGCACUGAGCUGCUCAUCUGUCACUGAAACGGAAGCGAUCCCAGGAAGGAUGACAUAUUAAGCCAUAUUAGGGAUUUCCACAUUACACACAUUACAGUUUACAUUAGGAUUCUCAUUCCUUUUCCUGGGAAUCAGGUUAUGCAAGGGGAAGACAGGGAGAGAGCAGAGAAGACUAAUAGUAGCAGAGUAGAGAGUACAGCCUCUCGAGGAUAAAGGCAUCUCAGCCCAAUCUCACAGGCCCACAACUCAACUUUCACCAGCUCCUGUGACACUGAUACCAAAUGACUGGCCAGGAAUUCUAUCCAGCGAAUAGUCACAGGAGUGGGUAGACUUAAAAACCCAGUACCUGGCAGGGCAGGUUAAGAACAAUGAUCCUUUCUAUAGCAACUAGGAAGUCACUGAGUAGACAAGCAGGAAGGAUGCAUUGAAUUAAUGUUACGGUCAUCAAAAUGACUGUAAUAAAAAUCACAAAAAUGGAUUCUGUUUGGGCAAAUGUAAGAGGAGUGGAAGUCAGGGCAAGGAUUAAAGCUGCAGUGAAAAAGCACAACCCGAGGCCUCUGACCAAGCUAUUCUUUUAAAGAUUUGGUUUCUGCACUUCAAACCUGAACUCUAAUUGUAAUAUUUCAACGUGGUGAUUUAGGGGGUGGAGCAAAUACCAGUGCCGUGUGGGAGACCAAAAAAAAUAAGAGCUCUAGAGAAACCUGGCAAUUCAAUGAAACUUGUUUCCACUGAGUUUAGGCUCUGCCUCUGGGCUGGGUUUGUGCAGAAUACAAAAGAUCUUUAAAUGGAGUAUAUUAUACCCACAUAUAAUAUGUGAAUGCAAAUGUCUAAAAUAUUUAAAUAUAUGAAUUAAGUGUAUAUAAAUAGAUGUUCAUACAUGAGCAUAUUUAUCCAGGCAGGUUUAAUUUAUUUUAUUUUUUUUUCUGGUUUCAGGUGUGAGCGAAAGGUAUGAUUUGUGAGAUGAUUUAGAAAAAUACUGCAGAGAUUUAGGGCUCCUCAUGCCGGCCAAGCCUGUACCUCUCCAUGUAGAUGUAUCCCACUUCCCAGGCCAAAAUGUCUGCCAUUGCCCGCGUGCCCUCUCUGUCAUCCCUAACCUCCUAGGUGCUCUGUCAUUCUGGUCCAAGUCCCUUUGGCAUCAUUCAUUGCCUCUCCUCUUGGGUCUAACCCUGUGCCCAUCCUCAGUGGCUCAGCUCUGGCCUGUGAUCUCUUCUUCCAGCCCAAGACAAGAAGGUCUAAAACCUUUGUGUGCCCAAGGACAUGAACCAGCCCAUCUCAUUUCCACCUGGCCCUCCCCACUGUAUUCCUCCAGUGUUCAUGCCGUGUUACUUCCUCCAAGAAUGCUUUUGUUUUCCCUUCUAUGUUCAUCUCUCUUCCCACAGGCUACCGGCCUGCCACUAAGGAAGAAUUCUGGUUUGAAAUUCUCACAGACCUGCUCCCCAUCCACUUCUGCUGCCCAUCCCUCACCUUUCCCAUCCUCCCUCCUUACGCUCGUCCUCCCUGUCCUCUGCCCAAAGUGGCUUUUACUAGGUCCACUCCAGCCCAUGUAGGUCUGUCUGCUGCCUUUUCAUCUCUCCCCAAUAUCUGCCGCCUGUCACCAACCAAUCUUCCCUCAAUUCGGACUCUCCUUUAACUUUUUUAAAUACAAAUAUCUUAAAAGAGGGCAUCUGUCUUCCUUUCCUGACCUGUUGCUAGGCGGUGGAUCUUUAAGGUCUGGCUGACUUCUCCCCUCUCCUGAAACUGCCAAAGCACCGUUCCUGAGAACUUGUUACCAAACCCACCCUCCUUUGUCUUCUUGCUCUUCAGCCUCAUCAAGAGUAGUCUAUACUUCCUGAUGGUAUGAAUCCUAGCCUCUGGGUCCACUGUGUCUCUCCUGCUCCUGUCCCCUCAGCACGUCUUAGCUUGGUGUCCCAGCCUAGACCUUUCCACCUUCCCACCAUGUUUCUGCAGCAAAUUUUCCUUCCUCUGGGACUUCAAUAACUCACUGAAUGUGUCAUGUCCAGGUCCUAUUUCUCACUUCAGCUUAAUGCUCAUAUUUUCAAUCAUUAGUAUCUAGACAACAAAGGUCACAUAACAUCAAAUAGCCAAGACCAUCCAAAGAUCAUGGACAAAUUAGCCUUGGAGGCUAAUGGUACCCUUUCUUCCAUCCUCUUGUCACCAACCACAUCUUUUCAGCCACAUAUGCUUCCCCCAGUCUUGCCUCAUGCGCAUCUAUUCAUUCCAAAAGCCUGCUCCUCUCACCCACCAGGUUUCCCCAUAUUUUCCUACCAGCCCUUUCCUCUUGUCUGGAUUAUUUUAAUCCCCUAGUAUUGUUCUAAGGUUUCAAGAUCAGAAUCAACUCUUGAUCAGUCACUCACUUAAAAGCAAAAUGUCAUUCUCCAGCUCCAAACAAAAACACCUGCAGGGGGUUAUCCCUGCUCCUCUGUCAAGCAAGAAUCUCUGACCUGUGUGUGCCUGGUGGCCCAGACCUAGGAGCUCGGACCUUCCUUGCAUUGUUUUUGUUUCUCUUUGUAUCUCUCUGUCUUCCUUGAACACUUUCCUUUGCCCCAAUCUUCACCUUCCUAUAUCACAUCUUAUUUCCACUGUGAUAGUCUUCCAAGACCAGACCCACUAGGUUCACCUCUCCUCAUGCUUUCAUUGUACCUCAACUAUCACAAAACCAUCUUAGGUCCUGCUUCUUAGUCACUUCAUCUCCCAAACUAGAUUAUCAAUUCCCUGUGGUCAGAGCUUGCAACUGUUCAUCCUUUUAUCCCCUCCAGCACCUUCCAGUGACUUGUAUGUGGGAGUUACUGCUUCCAUAAACAACUCUGUGACAACACCCAGAUUAACUUUUACACAUACAGUGAAUUAUUUUGCAUUACACACACACACACACACACACACACACGUGGGGAGGUGGCUUGGUGGCUAUUCAUGGUUUAAUGCUCAUGGUUUACUCCUGGGAGUUUACCUGGGACCAUGUGCUGCCAAGGAUCAAAUGCAGCUGCCGCCUGCAAAGCAUAAACCGUAGCCCUUCGUGCUCUCUUUCUGCUCCACGGCUAAACUUUUUUUACAUUGUAAAUGAAAAUGGAAACGGAGUCAUGGUUUAUUUUCCCCACACAAUACUUGCAGCAGACCCUCCACAUCUCUUGAUUUCUGUCCCUCCCCACAAUCCCAACCAAACAUAACAUGCGCUCUCACAUUUCCAGGUUGCAUUUAUUUCAAGUGGGAAUUUGGGUUUCUCUCUUUUCCCUCGUUCUCUGCAGUUAUUUUGUGACUGACUAUAGUCCCAAUAUUUACAAGACUACAUGCACACAUGUUGCCCAGACAGAGGGAGAACUUUGGACUCCCUCUAGAGGGUGUUGACCAUAUACUGGCUACCUGAGGCUUUGCAGAUGCUUUGAGUGGAGCUGUCCCAAGAUUCCUUACUCUCCAGGCUGAGUCACUAUUAGUGACCUGACACUCUGGGACUGGUUUGUCUGUGACCCGGUCCAGAGGACCCUCCCUGUUCUUAAACACAUUACCGGGAGGACCUGGUCACAAUCAGAAAAUCACACAACCAUGGACACAAGCAUUGGGCCGCAUGUGUGGAAACUUCCAUCUGUACCGUCCCUCAGACCAGAGGAAGCUGGAGGCACUGCACCGACUAUAGCUUUGUCUUGCUAUUUCUCUCCUGGGCUCCGGAUUUCACUCUUUUUGUCUCUUUGGUCACUUCUCUCAAAGGGAAGAUGUUAUGGUGAGGAUAUUUAGUGCUUUACUUCUGAUCUGUGUAUUUUAUAGCAGAUGUGGUUUGCCUUUGAGUGAGCUGGUUCAGAGAGAAGUUCAGUCUCUAAGCUGGUAUUUGUUACCAGGAGUUGGAGGGAAGACAGAUCCUCUGGUCUCGUGGUACCCCAUCCCACUAUACGCUGAGCCUCCCCCAAUCUGCUUCCAGUUACAGAGUCAUUCUCUUAAGCCGUCUUCUUGCUGUCACUCACUGUGUCCCCAUAAAGAAACGCUCAGAGCCAGUGUGGCCCUUGUAACCAGAAUGUUCCCUCCUGCCAGCCGGCCGCCUAUAAAUCUCAUUAUGUCAUCCAGCAUGAAUUAUUCUCCUUUGGGAGGCAUCUCUUGCCACUGUGUGCUAAUUUAGAGCACACUAUAAAGAACUCAACUCAAAUAACUUGCAGGCAGUGACAAGUCCCUUCUUCCAAAACAAAAAAGGGGAGGGGGAAACAAAGUCCAUUUUUCAUUGAGACAGGACGGGUCCGUGGAGUUAUUGUUGGCAAGUCGGGACAACUUGAGAGACACCAUAGAGCAAACUGCUGAGUGAGUCCCAAGGGGCGCUUCCCACCAACUCGGAAAGCCUAGAGCAGGGCUAGGUCACACGUGCAACAAAAUUGUUAGGAGCUUCUUGGAACCCAUGAAACCAGUAGCCUGAUAAGAGUAAUCAGGAAGGUCGGAGGUGCCAUCUUAGAAAUGUGUUGAACCAAGGCAAUGGAAUUUCUUCCAUUCCUUAAAAAUUCAAAAGUUGUCUAUUCAGGAAGUUGUUUUCCCUGCAAUAUGGCUGUUGGUGUUGAUUUUUGUUGCUUCUGAGCAUCUUUAACCAUGAGGUAGGGAGAUGGCAAACAAGUCAGAAGUCCCUGAGGACUUUCAGGCACAGACAAAGCUGGGAGGCUGCCAGACUCAUUCUCAGCCACACCUCAGCAUGUAGGUCCUCCAGGGUAUGCAGUGGAGUGAAGCAUGCCUUGGAUAGGAGCAGGAGCAAAGCUGAUGGAUGACCUUGUAGCACCUUUGGUCCUUUGGUCCUUUCAUUCUUCCCAGGAACUCAAGUCACUCAGCAGGGAGAGCCUAUUUCCUGGGCCCCCUGGUCUGAGGGGAGAGGGGCACCUCCUCAUCUCUACUUAUAAUUGAAAACUCUGAGGGCACAAGAAAGGAAAGUGGGGGAAGGCGUUCUGGGACUUUUUAAGAGUUGUCUUCCUGCGCAGUCACGGCUUAGGGUAUCUGAGCCAAAACUAUCCAUCCCAGGUCUGGGAACGGCCAUCCAGGGCAUUCAAGGGAGCAAGAACCACAUCCUAUCUGCUUCUCUGGCCAUGGUGCCCCGCUGCGUGGCAUUGUCCCUUAGAAUCUGUGGGGGGUGUGGUUUUAGCAACAUCUAUGGAUGAGGGAUGAGGUCCUGAAUGUCCACAGAGGGCUGGUCCGCCUGUAGAGCUGAGCUACUGUUCAUGUGACACCCUUGGGACAGCCAGGCCCCAGCAAGCAUCUGGGAAAAAGACUUUGGGCCACCAAGUGUUAUGUCAUCUGUUCUCACACCAGAGUCUGUCUCAGAUCUGAUAUAGGAGCAGCUUGAGAAAACCUGCUGGGAGAGUGCUAAGCAGCUCCUUCCCUCCCUCCCUCCCCCCUCCCACCCUCUCUCCCUCCCUCCCUCCCUCCCUCCCUCCCUUCCUUCCUUCCUUCCUUCCUUCCUUCCUUCCUUCCUUCCUUCCUUCCUUCCUUCCUUCCUUCCCUCCUUCCCUCCUUCCUUCCUUCCCUCCCUCCCUCUCUUCUUUUCUUCCCAUGAGUCCAGGGGGGAUGUUUUCCAAUCCACCCCUACCCCUACUUCUGCACCUCCCAACCUAAAACCUUGAUCCCCUUCAGAAGAGCCCACAUAGUACCCAUGUCACAAUAACAUCUUCAUUGUAACCAAUGCUGGUCCUUUGGAAUCAAGGGUUAUUUGAACAUGCCCUGUGGUGUUGGGGACAUGGGCCAUCUGCAAACCAAUGAUGGGGCCAUUAUGCCUUCUCUGCCUGAGGGGUGCACUCAAUGGCUUAGCAACUGCUUCCCUGGCUCGCCCAUCUGCACCCCUGCAUGGCCACAUCAACCUUAUCUCAUAGCCAGGAACUCCUUCUGCUUGUGUAUCUACCAGCACAUGUACCCACACACUCACAUCACACAUGCACAUUCAUGUGUGCACGCACGCAUGUGUGCGUGUGUGUGCGCGUGCGCGCACACACACACACACACACACACACAUCCCAAGACACCAGUUGUGACCAGUUGGCAGAACAGCAGUAUCCGCUUGUUGGAUGCCCGGGUUCAUUGAAAACUGGAUAGCGAUGCUAUACCUUCUUGAGCCAGUUUUUCCUCCUGGGCUCCAUCAUGGCCUGUGGGUUGCUGACAUGCUCCUGAUUUGACAGAAUUAUCCGGCCUUUAUUUGAAGGAAAUGUUUCCUUUGUGAGGGAACAAUCAAGUUGGCCUGCUGUCCCUAUUUUACCCUGCGGAAUCUCUGUGUUCAUCUGAUGCCCGGUUAGUGGCUUUGUGCUAAGAGGAUGGAGAAGCAGAAAUAAGUUUCCCUGAGGACAGACAGUUCUUGUUGCUAAGAGACGAUCAUGUAUGCCCACCUCUCUUCCCAGUAACACCAUGGUGGGGGUGAAGGUCUGCCCUUCAUGGGGAUAGGAGUGAAAAAUAUGUGCUGUGAUAUGUAGAGAAAUAAUUUUUCCUCUCUAGGGCGCUGGGAAAAUAUCAAGACUUCACAUCAGUUGGUAGUAAAGGAGCUGGAGAGAGUGGAAAUGUAAUAAAGUAACGGAAACCCUUUUUUUGAUCAGAAUGCAAUUUCAAAUGAACCCAGACUCCAAGAACUGUGCAUCCCCUCAUUCCAUGGUCACCUCUUCUCUCUCAGCUCUUCCUCAGUUAAAGCAUCUUGAAUUAGCUCAACUGUGAGCUUUGAGUAGCUCACACUCACUCUCUCUCUCUCUCUCUCUCUCUCACUCACACACACACACACACACACACACACACACACGAUGAGAAGCUGAGAGAACACAGUACAUAAGCAUGAUAUUUCAGGUUUCUAAAUCAGAACCCAAACACAUCUAGCACAAUCAGCUCUGCUGUGUUUUAAUGCUAGGCUGGAGCCUGGUGUGUAAACCUGGCUAAUUUGGCUCUCGAAAAGAGAAAGAGAUGUGAUGAAAUGUGAAGAGAAAGAGGUCUUUUGAGAAACUUGAAGACUGAAUGGUUGGAACAAUGAUCUUGGUAAAUUCUUAGUAGCAGGCACAAGAAAUGGAGGACAAAGAAAUCUGAGAAUUUGUUCCUUGGGUGUUCAUGGUUAAAUUUCCUUCUACUGUUUAUAUGGUGGUUUAUACCUUGACCCCAGAUCCCCUUGAAAAAAGUGGGUGUUUCUAGGGUUACCAGCAGCUGAUUUAAGUGUCUGCCAUGUUUUGCUGUGGUAUAUUCUGAGUAAACAGAAUCCAUCAGUAGAUGCACAAGGGUUAAUUUAUGAUAAAUAUCUCUAAAUGGCCUUCUUUGAUAUGGUAAUAGGGUUGGUUUUUAAUUUCAUAGGUGGAAAAGUUGAACACAGCAAAAUUUGUUGAUUAGCCAAAAUUAAGAUUAUAUAGAAAAUUUUUGGCAGUCCAAACUUGUCUUAAAUUUUGACUCUUACCAUAGUUUACUGAGUAAUACAUCCUGAAUUGUCCACUCCUCCCUAAGUAUUCAGCACCCAAUGGUGCAGAAAAGCCAUGGAUGCCAGGCAGCUAAUGUACCCAAAUCUUUACCCUGGACAAUAUCUUAUACACACACACACACACACACAUUCAUACACACACAUACUCACUCGCUCAUGCACAUUUCCUCAGAGUCUACAGAAACAAGUUCAAGGGGUAACAAUUAAAUGAAAUCUUUGAAGAUGAGAGAGGGAUAGAAAAGUUCCUGUAAUAAGAAGAAGUUGAAGGCCAGUUAGUAAAAAAAAAGUUUUUGAAUGUUGUGGGGUAGGUCAGUGAGUAAUCUUCUAUUAUUUAAAAAAAUGUAUCCCACAUAAAUAAAAAGCUCCCAAGAAAUGGAGGUGGGGGACCUUUCCCCAAGUAUAAGCUAUUCGUACACACAGUGAAUUCCAAAAGGAAGCAUCUCUAUUCCCCAGGUCCAUAAGUCAUGUUGACUACCUAGUCUAAAGGAAGAGAGACUAAUUGGGAAGACUAAUAAAGGUCUGGGUGUUCUUCAAAAAAACUGAAUUUGGCCCCAAAAUUGUAAAUGGUGGAUUUUUAUAAGCAUCUAAGGGCUAGGGGAGCCUAGCCUUUCUCUUGCAAUCCACCAAUUCACUGACGAAUGGUCCCAUGUCCAUACAGGCAGCAUAAGAAACAAGUAAUGGUUAUACUUAAUCAGCCUCUCCAAAUAGGACAGGGUUUUCAGUGUAUGCCACAAAGCAGACUGUGGUUCUGAAUGGAGCAGUGAGGGAGCUCUAAGGCCCUAAAGUUAAGAAUUCUUUUCCAUUAGUCAGUCCAUCUUGUCUCUAGAGAAAAGACAGAAGCAGCAGCAGAAUGACAGCAAAAUCCUUACAUGGGACAGUGGAGCUUCCUUUCUCCCAUAAGCCAAGCAGACCCCCUUCCCCAAGCCUGACUGUAGGAGAGGCGAGGAUAGGAGCUAGCCCCAUAUACAGGCAUGGCAUGAGAAGGAUCUAGAAUCCUCCUUAGGUCAAAAUUUGGAAUCAAGUCUACUGCCAAUGUAUGGUCUUUCUUUAGGCUCUUGAAGCCUUGAUAGCUUCACAACUCCUUCAGAGAGAGUGGACGGGACACUUCUAGCUAGACACCCUAUGUUUCAUGAGUAUCUUUAGAGUUUCUUGCUGUGUGAUACUCCUUAAGGACAAGUAACUGGAAUGAUGGUUGGUAAGCAUUCAGAACACCUGAGCCACCCAUUCCCUGUUCUACUACAGUUACCUUCAGGGGGUGAAGGAAAGGGAGGCAGGAUAAUAGGAGUUGUUGGGACCCUUGUGGUAUAGCAGGUAAUUAGCAGGGUUAGCAGUUAUAGUAGAAAUGAAAAGAGAAGCCCAAACAGGACAUCCCAGAGCAGCGGUCAGGUAGGUAUUGUGCCAUGAAAGCCAAUAUCAGCUCUAGACUGAAGCUACUCAUCUGAGUGUGCAUCGAAGGAGGGUACUCUCCAUGCCUGGAGUUGGAGGUGAUGGUCCCAGGGCUCCUGCUGUACCCUGAAAACACAGGAGAAGACAAAGUCACGAUUGGGGCCCAUGAGUUUUUUAAUGAAUAACAGCUUCUGCAUAAGCUUAAACUUCUUGUACAGUGUGGGGCGAGUAGGAUUCCUCUGGUCUCGGUUUGGAUCACUCCUGGGGCCAGACUCAGCCACUGGGUGAGCAGAUCUCAAUAUCACCCCUGUCCCCAGAUCUUCCUUUCUAGAAUGUUCUGGUAAGAGUAAGCCACAUGCCCCUCCCUUGGGGCAAGCCUGGUAGACAGGACAGAUAUGAGGACAGCCAUCGAGUUUGAUUGUCAUGAUUGAUUCUUGCUCAUUUUCUUUGCCAGAGCGGGGACAUCUACCUCGUCAUCACCGCUCAGACAUCUGGCUAGCCAAGUUUGGUACAGAGAUCAGUGAGAAGGAAUGGAUGGGAUUAGCAUGUCCAUCACAUCCCCCACUCUCUGUGGGGUUUGUAUUCUCUCUCCCAGGGAUUGCUCUGCUUUGGGGCUUCUCUUACCUCUCCUGAAUCCUUCAAACAGUUCAGUAGUCAGGACCAGAUCAAAAGAACAAUAACUUCAGCAGGCAAAGCUUGCUCUCAGCCCACUGAGCUCUCUUCGUAUGAAAAUGCCCAAGUGGUUUUUAUCACAGAGAACAUCCUGCAGAUUCCUUACAUGGUAGCACUUCCUUUGCCUCUCAACCUUCGUGGAAGCUCUCCCAAGCCUUCCUGGUUUGGGUUCCCAGCCUCACUUUCCUGUCUUAAGGAAAGACCAAUCUUGUCCUUAAGCCACUUAACUCUGUGAGCUACUAACCCAAUCCAAAAAAAAAAUCCUUGGACAAACUUUCUCAUCGUUUUUCUCAUUUUCUAACUCAGGAAGAUAGAGGAGUUGAUGAGAAUGAAAGCAAACAGGAAAGGCCCGGUGACCAAACCCUUCCGGUCAAGGCCAGCUGCAGGAAGUGCACUCUCCAGCGACAGCCACAGGCCUGCUAUGGCCACAGCUUGGCUCCAGCAUCUGAAGCCACAUGUGAGUGUGCUUGGAGCAAGGGCUUGGACAGAGGUGCACGGCGUGUGCACAGCGACCUUCUGUGGGAGUAACUGUUGUCUCACUUUUUUGUGAUUUCAAGGCAAGUCCCAUGUGAUACAGGCAGCUGGCUCGGUCCUAAUGUUCCCAUGUUCCUGUGCUCUCCGUGGCCUUCAGACUAGUGUCACUAACCAGCUUUCCAAUGAGCUGGUGCAUGUGAACCAUCCACAUUGUUCUGUUGGGAGGAGAGUAAGAAGGGAGAAAGAAUAAACAUACAGGUUCCAUGGCUGGGUUCUGAAGAAAGCUCUUCACGGAACAGAGAAAACUCUAGAAGUCAGAAAGGGAGAAAUCGGGUAGAAUGGUUUGUGAGUGAGAUGACAUUACAAAUUCCACACUCUGGUCUUUCGCAGAGGAGAUGUCUGUGUGUCACUCUUGUAGGGGAGACAGGAGGAGGGAUGUGCUAUGCAUUGUUCAGAAGGUGACACACCAGCUCGGGAAAGAGGUAUAGGCAUCCCUCUAGCCAGACUUUGAGUGCUUCAUAUCGAACCCUUGAGAAAUGGUCUCCAAACCCCAGGAAAGUUCUUCUUAACUGACUGUUGCUAUCAGGAAGCCAAAGGAACAGUGAAGAGCUGUCUUUUCCAGGGACAGAAUUAGGCACAGCCAAGAUGGGUUUUUAUUAUUUUGAUCUGUUUUGUUUUGCAAUUUGGAAAUGCUCUUGGGCCACCAAGUUUGGUCACCUCUGAGAGACAAAAUCUUUUCAAUAAAAUUCUACCUUCUCAUCCCCAGAGGGAAAACCAGUUUUCUAACCUGAUUACUGGGUACCUCAGGAAAGAAAUUGGUAUAUUAGAUAUUAGAUUACCAAUGAACAUUUUACAGAUUGAUUUAAUCCCGAGUCUGACACAUAUGAACCUGGAACUUACUACCCCAACAUAAUCUUCCAAGCUCUGAAAUAUUGAAAGGCAGUAUAUCAUAAGUUCCUAACAAAUCAAAAAGACUGAAAUGUUAGACAAAACUCCCAAAUGGUCUCUAUGAAAUCUAUACAGGGUGGAUGGGAGACCAGAGUGGAAUGCGACUGACUUUCAGUAUUUCUUCACUUAUUUUAAAAUCGUAACUAGAAAUCCAAGGAAAUGCCCAAGUCAGACAGGAACAAGAUAUGGAAGCACUCUCUUUCCAUUUCGAAAAUUGGUUGAAGUUUAGAGCGACUAUCGGGUGUAUUUUAUUUUCUUCUACUAAACCUUUCUGCGGGGAGAAUUGGUCUGCAGUUGAGAAGUGUGAAUUGAAGAGAUGACAAGCCCAAGCACUGAUCCCGAUGUUUUUAUUGAGUAGAAACACCAGGCUAGGAAUCUGAAAGAAUUCACAGAGACUCCACAAAGUCCAGGCUCCCAUGAAGCUGGGAUUUUGAUGAGAGGAAAACAGCAAAGAAAGCAGUAAAAGUAUAUGCAGACAGAUGUUGCAAAGUGCUUGGAGGAAAAUGAGACAGGCUACGGGGCUAGAGAAUCAGAGGCUGGGCCUGAUAUUGCUGCUUUGUUAAGUGUGGACAAGGAAAGGUCCCAGGGAAGGUGAUAUUUGAGCAAAAGCUUUAAACCAGCCGUGGAGAAUUCUCUGUGGAGGGUUUUUCGAGCAGAGAGAAAGCAACUGCCAAGGUCCCAACAUCAAACCGCAGGCUGGGUGUACUGGAAGAGGCGCAGAUGGGUCACUGCAUCAGGGGCAUGUGAGAGGGGUGCACAGAGAGUGGCAGGCAGAGAGGGGCAAGUGACCCAUGGCUAUUGGAGAGCAUUGCUAGGGAUUGGCUUUUUACCAAGAGUCAGACAAGAAGCCACUAAUUGGUUCUGGGUAUAGACUAUGACUUGACUUCUGUUUAGAAAUCAGUGCGGUGGCAGCUGCCUUGAGGCCAUACUGGGGGAGGAGAGCGAGCAAUGGACAUAGCCACAGGGACCAUACAAAGGCGUCCAGUGAUUCCUGAUCCAUGAUGAUGGCUUGGACCGUGGUGUUAGCAGGGGACAUAUUGACGAGUGGCUGGAUUCUGGCCAUAUGUUGAAAAGUUUGCAGUGAAUUAGAUAUUGAGUGAAAGAAGGGAAAGAAUUAAGGAUGGCAUGUGUUUCUGGCCUCCACUUGUGGUAGUUUGGAGUUAUAACUAAGAGAGGAAUCCUCCGGGGGGAAAAAGUAAUGGUGGAAGAUAGCAUUAUGGUAAGUUUCACAUGUUGAUGGCAGUGCUUCAGUUUGUGUUAAUUAAGGCACUGGUGGUAUGUGCCAGCAUCAGUGUGUUAAGGAGUCUGUCAGAUGUCCCAGGGGAAGGCUGAUGAAUGGUAAACAUGGACCUGUAGCUUAGGGGAGAGGUGGUCUGAAGAUACCAAUCUGGGGUUGGAAGGCUUCCAGGUGACAUUUAAAGACGUGAGACUGGAUCUCAAUAGUGCAAAGGAAAGGGAGCCCCUCACCCCCAGCUGCAGCCUGGGGGAAAUGCAAGGACCUCCAGGGAGGAGGAGGAACCAGCACUUUGGGGAAGUCAGAAGUCAAUUCAGUGCUAUGUUAAUGAAUAAAACCAGGUAAUCUGCAGACAUCAGUUUGUUGAUUCAUUUCAAGAGUUAUUUCAGUGGCAUGGUGGGGAACAAGGCAUUGUGGGAUGGGAUCAAGAAAGAGUGGGAGAAGAGAAAGUAAGGGCUAUGGAUUGGUUGCUCUCGGGAGUUUAGAUUUUAAGGCAACACAGAAAUGGCUAUCGAUGGUAAGGGGUCUAAGGAGGACUUUUUUGUAAGGCAAUGUAAUGUGUCAAUGGAGAGUGUGAAUAAGGAUAUAUUGGGAGUGAUCUUUGAUAAGAUGACAAGUGAUGGGAUCAGAGGUCCAAGAGGAGGAAAUGACGUUAGGAGCCUCAUCAGGUUGAUAGAAUGAGUGAGAAUGUAUUUCAGCAGUGUCAAGCAGGUUGCCAAAUAUGAUGGUCAGUUUUAAGGGAGUUUAAAUUUCCUUCAACUGCAUUCAGCUGCUGAAAGAGCGAAUAGAUUUAAGCAGGGCUGAGGGUUUUUUUAAUUUAUUUUUUAUUAGAGCACCAUGAUCUACAAAGUUAUUCAUAGUUGACUAUUAGAUAUGCAGUAUUGUGGCACCAAUCCCACCACCAGUGUCAACUUCCCUCCAGCAAUGUUCUCACGUUCCCGCUGAUAUACCCCAACCCCCCAACCCCCCACCUCCCAUCUACCCUGUCAACUUUACAGGCAUCUUUUUAAGUUUGGCUGUGAAAGUUUGGGUCUUUUGAUUUCAGUGUUGUUGACUCUGUGGUUUGAAUAUUUGGCUUGAUCAUUCCCUAAAUACUUCCUUUGUACCUUCAUCCCCUCACCUGGCUCCUGUUGCUUCCCAUCUGUCUCUUCCCCACCUCCCCUCUACUCGGGCUGAGGUUUGAAGCUAACAGGCAAUAGAAGCAGCAGGAGUCAUGGAGCCAAGGCCACUGCAAGUAGAAAGCGUGACCAGUGACCUUAGACUGGAAGCAGGGGAGGAGAAAUGUGAGGAUUUCUAGGUACAGGAAAUUUUCAGGGAAGGAGGUAAAGAUGUAGACAGAGGUCUGCAAAUUAUAGAGUUAGGUUCCAGAAGGAGAACUCUAGAAAUGGAGCUAUAGAGUUGGGUCUCGAGGUUGAGAUUAGGGAAAUAUUGGGGUUAUUGGUAAUGAUAGUCUGAAAGGGGGACAGGGGUGAUGACAAGAUUAUAGAGCAAGCAGAGGUCAAGGUUCUGAGAGGUCAGCACAGGAAAAUGAUGACUUUCUGUGGCUAUCAAUAAUAAAAAUAACAAGAAUAGAGAUUCUUCCAGAACUGCUUCAGUAGGGCCAGGGGCAGCGUGGCAUAGUGGUCAAGCACAUGCCUUGCAUAUGUGAGGCACUCGCCCCAAUAAGAAAAACCAACACUGCUUCAUGUAAGGGGAGCAGCUAAUAUAGAUGGAUUUGCUUCUAAGUCGGUUUGCUGUUUCGCCUUGAUUUUAAAGGCGUAGGGAGCAAGGGAGAUAUGGAAGAGGCUCUGAAUGGUAGGACAGCGCCAUCCUCUCCCCUCAGGGUUCAGCAGCAUGAGGAACAUAGAAGAUGUAGUUUGGCUACCUGGGAUGGCUUCUGCAGCCCAAGGAAGAACCGGCUUUCAGGGAAAGCAAGAGGAGAGAAAAUAAUUGGCGUCAUCGCUGUGGAUGAACCAGGGAUUUGUGGCAUGAUUGUGGGAGUUCAUAAAGGCUGGGGAGGAAGUGCAGGAGGAAGGGGGGGUGAAGGUGGUCUUCUGGAGAGUGACUGGAGAGUCUGAGACUGACUCCCAAGCCUUUCUCUCGCGGUCAGAGACUGUCCGUGUUGACUGGGCAGGCUCACAGGAGGCCAGAAGGCUGUGGUGCUGUAGGGCAGCGUCUGCCAGCAGCUCACAAGAUACUGGUGUCUCUGCACAAAUCCCUUGGUUUGGAUUUGGGGUUUGCACUAACAGCCCCCAGUGUGUGGGGGUAAACCACCUCUUAUUUUACAGACACUAGUCAAUGCCAUCUUAGGCAAAGGCCCCCUUGGACUAUUUGCCCAAGAAAGAAUGCAUAUUUAGACCAAAUCUUUCUCCCAACAAACUUCUUUCCUUGGGAGAAUCACAAUGCUUCCUUGUAGUUUAUUUUGUUAAAAGUAAAAGGAUUGGAAACAGCUUUGCUUCUGUCUGAUUCGGCUAAAGUUUUCAUCAAAUGAUCGUUUUUUGUUAGGAUUUUUCUGUCACAACAGAACAGUGGGGCAGAAGCAUCAGGAAAUCAAAAGGGCAAGAGAGAUGGAAGAUCUGGAGCUUCCUAUGAACAUAGAGGAAGGAAUGUGUUCUAAGUGAGGGCUUUGUAGUGGGGGUAUCGGGGUGGGAGAGGGAAAAUGUGCCCAUGGGAAGCAGGAGAAAAAUAUAUUGGGUUGGCAUUUGGAGAUUUAGCAAAAGCAAUCCAGAGCCUGCCCCCAGAAAUAUUCCACAGACUUCUAAUGCAGAUGGUGUGUAGAAUCUAUUUUAUUUCCUGUGUCCUUGAAAAACAACAGCUCAAAUCAAAAAAGAGGCAGAAGC